AUGUCAACUUUCCGUAACAUCAUUGCCAAGGGUACUUCAUUCCCACCAGAAGCCAACCGCUACCAUCUCUACAUCAGUUUGACAUGUCCAUUCUCUAGCAGAUGUAACAUUGUUCGUAAGCUUAAGGGUCUGGAGAGUGUAGUUGGUAUGAGUAUCACUGGACCAAUAAUGCAUAUGGAUGGUGGAUGGAAGUUUGAACCAGAGAUUGAGGGUUGCACACCUGAUCAGAUUAAUAACUGUGCCAGUAUCAAGGAUAUAUACUUGAAGGUGAACCCAUCCUACUCUGGCUCCUACUCAGUGCCUCUACUAUUCGAUACCAAACAGGGUACCAUUGUAAACAAUGAGGCUGGUGAGAUUAUGAGGAUGCUCAACUCUGAGUUCAAUGAGUUUGCUGUCGACCCCAACCUUGACCUCUCUCCCAAGCAUCUAAUCCCUGAGAUGGAUUCACUCAACACCUUCAUCUAUGACAACAUUGGAUAUGGUGUCUACAAGUGUGGUCUCUCCCCAAACCAACCUGCUUACGACAAGAACAUUGAUAACUUGUUCAAUGCCCUCGACACGAUUGAGAAGCGUUUGACAACUUCCAGAUACUUGAUGGGCAAUGUGUUCACAGAGGCUGAUAUUAGGUUGUUCCCAACUUUGGCUAGGUUCGACGCCGCCUACUACUUUGUGUUCAAGUGUAACGUCCAGAGAAUCCAGGACUAUCCAGCACUGUCCAACUACUUGCGUGAGCUAUAUCAGAUGCCCAAGCUCCGCGAGUCUGUCAACUAUGAUCACAUCAAGCGUGGUUACUUUGGAGCCAAGAUGGUGAACCCAUCUGGCGUCGUCGCCAGAGGACCCAAGCUCGACUACCUCAAUGAGCCACACAACAGGGCCACAAUCGGCCAGCACACCGACUAA